AUGGAGAAAGGAGUUGUGGUAGAACUAAUUAGAGGGUCGAAUAAUUGGGCCAAAGUUGUGGAAGAGAUCGUGAAACUGGAGAAGAAAACGUUCCCUAAACAUGAAUCUCUAGCUCAAACUUUCGACGGAGAGCUGCGCAAGAGAAACGCCGGUUUGCUCUACGUUAACGUCGACGGUGAAACUGUGGGUUAUGUCAUGUAUUCUUGGCCAUCUUCUCUUUCCGCUUCCAUCACCAAGCUCGCAGUGAAGGAGAAUUGCAGGAGACAAGGCCAUGGAGAAGCAUUGUUGAGAGCAGCGAUCGACAAGUGCAGAAGCAGAAAGGUGCAUCGGGUUUCACUUCAUGUCGACCCCACGAGGACAGCUGCGGUGAAUCUGUACAAAAAGUUUGGGUUCCAAGUAGACUGUCUGGUGAAAAGCUAUUACUCGGCGGAUAGAGAUGCUUAUAGAAUGUACCUAGAUUUUGAUGAUUCCAUUUAG